GGUCCAGAGGGUGUCAUGUGCUCAACCUUGUCCUCCCAUAACACAGACAGGGAAACAGGAGAGGGAGUCAAGAUCCAGAAAGUCAGAAUAAACCAGCUGGAAACUUUCUCACUCAGUGGAUUUACUAAAGUUCAAGAGGAGUGACUGUUUGUGACUCUUUUUGUCACAUGCAUUCGCAGUAGUUGGAGGGGGGAAAAAAAAUCAGACAGUGUUGACAUCCAGGAUCUGAGUGGCUGCUGAAUUCCUGGACCAUGAAGCUCAGUGUGGCAUUGUUUUUUGCAGGGCUCUUUGGGGCUCUUGCAGCUGUGUUCAUCCUGCUUUCGUUUGGAACUGAUUAUUGGCUGCUGGCCUCGGAGAGCUGUCAAACAAACCCUGACGAAACUGUCAGCCCGGCUGGUGUGAUCAUAGAGGAGGCAGCCAGAGACGUCACGCUGUACCAUGAGGGGUUUUUCUGGAAGUGCUCGUUUGGAGGCAGCGAGGGAGAUGACCAUCUGCUGUGGAAGCUCUGGUUCACAAAUCAGCCCCACUCUAAAGUGUGCAUGCACGCCUACCUCUUCCCUUUCCCCGUGUCUCAUCAGACCCACAAUGCAACAGAGUAUGAUACUGCUAUAAUCUACAGAGGCUUCUGGAGCAUCUUCAUGCUGAUCGGUGUGGCAGCUGUGGUGCUCGGCGGGUUCUUCAUCAUCUGUGCCGCUCCGUUCGCCAGCCAUCGCCUGUACAAAGCAGGAGGAGGCCUCUUCCUGGUCUCAGGCCUGUUCCUGCUGUGUGUGGUGGUGAUGUACGUCCUGUGGCUGGAGGUGUUGGACGUGUUGGAUCUCUACAUAGAACACCAGCGCUCUGCAGUGUGUCCUACCUUCCAGCUGUCCCACCACUACGGCCUAUCCUUCAUGUUCGCCCCUGUUGGCAUUUUCUUCUGUCUCCUCGCCGGCCUUCUUUUCCUCCUCAUCGGCCGAACCGUCCAGAUACACUGCCACUGAGGUUAGAGGAAGCAUUUAGAUUGAGUUUUUAUUCACUUUCUUCUUCUUUUUUUUACCACUGUGGUCUUGAUUUGUCCCCAAGUAGGACUCUGGAGAUUGUAGCUCUGAGGUUUAUAUAUUGGCUGAUCCUUUUGAAUAAUGUUGCAGAAUCAAUCUUUUUUAAGGGUCUAUUUAAAGGUAGUAGUAUAAAUGACCUAUGGUGUAUAUGACUUUAGUUUGAAUCUGUGGGCAAUGAGUGUAUGUACAAAAACUGUCAUAUGCUAAAAGGUUAAAGUGCACAGUAUGAAGCUAAGAAUGAUGCACGAUUGUUCUGUAUAUACAAUGAUAAGAGUCCGUGUUUGGUUAAACAGCACCUUGCCAUGAUGUUCAAUUCAAUAAAAAAUACAAAUCUGGAAGUCCAUUAAAUCAUACUAAAUAUGUCAUCUUUACAAACUGAUCACACCUUAUAAAGAAAACAGCUAAACAGCCGAGUUGUUACUCAAACAUGAGUCAAUAAUGUAUUUGUUCAUGACUAUUCUCUGUUGCAGAUGAAGAGCUAUUUGGGGCCCUGGGGAGUAUUUAGAACAACAGUCACCUUAUGUGUGUCAGUGAGUGCAGAAUAAACUGCAAUCCACAUGUUCAUCAAUAUACAGAAAAUGUUUCUCAAUAUAGUUAGGGGGAACAAUGGAGCUCUAUGGCACACUGACGCCUGCUCAUUUCAGUGUUUCCUUUUUUAAAGAUUUAUUAGAAAAUUUGAAAAAUGCAGAAUCAUUAGUCUUAUCCUUUAAUAAAAUUAAAUAUUUAUAUUUCACUGAGUAUUAUCAUGCUUAAUAGUUAAGUUAAUUUCUGCUUGUUUUGCAGUAUUAUUUUCAGAUGUCUGUAUAUAGCCCAAAUCUGAUUGAUUAAGUGGUGCAGCGCAAUUGAUUCUAUUUAUAAGUGAGCUUGAAGCAUGAUUGGCUUUUUAAUGUUGGGUUUAUAUAACUGUUUGUAUUGACUUUCUUUUCUUGUACAUGUUCUUAGCAUUAUGUUUGGGUUUCAUAGCGUUGUUAAAGCACGGGUCGGCAACUCGAGGGGCAACUAGGAGUGAGUUUUUUUUUUUUUUGAACAACUAAAGCAAAGCAAUGCUAAAGCCACCAAUUCCAACAGGCGAGUGUGAAGUGUCUGAGGGCGCGGUCACACUGGCCAUCUGUACCGUGCUGUACUCAAGCACAAUUGGCCCCCCACUCAUGGUGCAGGACGAGUCUACAGGAGGGGGUGGUUAGGCAAGUCUUUGUCUUUGCUGACCAGGGGCGUCAUGCAAGCCAAAAUUCUAGGGGGAGCACACGUUAGAGUAGAUGACUAAUGAUGCCAUGUUUUGCAUUUUGAAUAUAAUAUACUGCAUCUAUAAUCAGAGAAACAAGGGGUAGACCUAUUAUCACUAAAAUCAUGUGAAGUUCCUCAAAUCAUUACAAAUGCUUAAUUGUUUUUGUAGCUUCCACCACUUAAAAUCCCAUUUCUUUAAAGUAAAACAGCGUACAGGUUGAGGGAUUAAGGUAUGGCAUUAGAAGAAUACAAUGCAUUUAAAAUAUUACUGAUCAAUAAUAAAACUUACUGAAAAGAAAGUAUUGAAAUCAUUUUAAGAAAUAAAAUAAAAUCCUGUCAGAAACACGCCCCGCCAGUGGGUAUGACGCCUCUGUUGCUACAAACAUCCUGCUACCAUCUGCAAUUCUUGUGCCGCUAACUCGUUAGCUUUAGCGCAGGUGGACAGGGAAAUACUUUAUGUGAAGACAAGUGAGACAUCCAGUCACCCACAGACGGUGAUAGCCACAUAUACAGGAUGUUUUUCUCUCUUUUUUUUCCCCUCAGAACAUUUAAUUUGUUAUUUGCUGCAAUAAGAUUUCAACAAAUAAAACACAAAUGCUUUAGAAAACAAAUGGCCUUACCCUUGCUUUAAGUCUGUCUUGAGAUACUGACGUUUAAUAUUUUGUACAUGUAAAUGUUUUUUUGUGGUCUGUGUGGCAAUAAAAGCAGCUUUGGUGUCUAAAA